AAUAUGUCAAAGUUAUGGAUUCAUCAUAAAAAAACGCCUUCUUUUAUUUGUAGGGAUAUAUUAUAUUUGACUUGUGAACUAUCACACCAAGAACUUUUGCGACUAAUGAUAAAGAUGUCCAAUGAUGAUGAUGUUACGUUAAAUCUUAUACUCAGUUUUUCCCAACAAUCCUCACUUACCAUAUUCUUAUAUUUUCAAUCUCCUAAUAACUAUUGCCCUAAAACCAUAUCUCUGCUCUUUUUAUCGUAUGUUAACUCUUGGACAAGCGUUCUCCACAAAAAAAGACAUAAUGAACAUAUUUUUAUAGGUAAUACUCCAACCCACAAUGAUUUCAAUUCAUUCUUCUUUAAUUUAACUAAUAAUAUAAAAUCAUUGACCAAAUUCCUAUUAGCCCCCGAAUUUCUCAACAAAGUAAACUCUACAUUUUUUCAUCAACAUUAUAUUAUUCCUCUCGUCGCCUGUCUCUCCAAACUUAUAAGCGGACUUUGUCGUAGAUUCAGAGAACUGAGUUUCCAAUCCGAUUCCGAAAAACGGAUAAAAUCCACCUUGUUUCCGGAAUGGCUCAUAAAUAUGUGUGAGGCUUGUUAUAUCGUCUAUGCUGAUAACAGUAUUAAUCCUGAUAAAGAUGAUUUUGAGGUUAAAGAUGAAGGAAAGGAAAUUAGAUUAAAAAAUAAAGGAUCAAAAAAGCAAUACGAAGUAGAAAAUUAUAAAUUUGUAUCCUACAAAAUGAUCAGAAACUCGUUGAUGGAUAUUAUGGGAGUAUUAGAUAAAAAUGGCCUAGUUUACGCACGCCAACGUUUAGUUAUUGGUAAAAACAUGGAGAAUAUCGAUGAAAAGCGAUCUAUUUAUUCAAUUAGUUAUGACGCUGGUAAAAAUAUGUCUGGUAAAUAUGAGAAGGAGCAAACAGUUGCCUUGUUCGCAGAACGUUUGUUUGACGCUUUCGAGAAACAUCAUCGGUAUAAAGGUAAAAACUGAAGGGAUAUCUAAUUUUCGCAAUAUAGUAAAAUCUUCGAAGAUACAUCAUAAUAUUCAUAUUUGUAUA